UUGCGCAUUAAUUUCCAUCGUGAACUUCCAGCCAACAGUGGAAGUUUUUUUCCAUAUUGAUUAGUUAUGUCGCUUUUGUUGUUUACCCAUUAAUUUUCCUAAAAUUGUGUUGAAAUUAGAAAAUAUAUAAUUAAAAAAAACACGUGAAAACGUUCGAGAACAGUGUAUCAUACGCGGCUUUUCUAUAUUUUCCAAGCUGACGACGAACUGCACGAUUGGUAAGACAGUCGUGAAGCAACCCCAGAUGUCCACUGGAGUGGGAGGCGGAGGAAGCAGCAUCACUACUGACCACAGCCGAUUAUAUUUCCUCAAUUCGCCAUCAACACCGCUUUCCGCGCGCGAUCCAUUUUUUAUCAAGCCGGAAUACCUCAAUUAUGAAAAUCCCAUGCACCACCUCUACCCUAGUAACAGGGGCUUAAUCGACUACAACAACUAUACAAGCGCGGCAGUAGCAGCGGCCAGUGGUAGCGGUAGUACAUCGACAAACGCAGUUGCAGCUGUCGCCGCCCUUAAUUUAGAAAAUAAUUUCCAGCAACCUCAAUCACAACAAUCGUCAUCUUCGUCAUCACAACAACAGCAGCAAACACCCACAUCGACGAGUCAAAACCAAACACAGCAAAGUCAACAGCAUCCUUUACAUCUACACCUCAGCACACCGCCAUCGACUCGAGCGCAAAAAGCAGCCCGUCGACGUAGCAACGAAUCUGUGGAGGCCCGUCAGAGACGACUAGCACGUAACGCCGCCCGAAUGCGGGAAAAGCGAGCCAAAGAAAGUGAGGAAGAAUAUCGGGUCCGGCUGGCGAAAAAUGCGGAAGCGAACCGUGUACGACGUCAGAAUGAAAAUGAAGUACAAAGAACCCUAAGACUGAUGAAAAAUGCCGCCAGACAGCGACUGCGGCGCGCUGGUGAGACGCCGGAGGAACGCAAAAAACGUUUGGCCAAGGCCGCCGAACGUAUGCGAGUUGCGCGAGCAAAUGCGCCGAAAGUGUAUAAGCCUCCACUGGAGGAUCGCCUUAAGGGUUACUAAAUAUGCAUAUAUAAAUACUUGUACGUCAACAGGCAGCAUCAAAUCUAUCUCAUAAUGGACAAAAAGAAAAAAAGAAGACGUAUGGUAUUGAUGUUAUGCACCAUGAACCAUUAUUAAUGACGCAACAAACACAACAAUAACCGUUAAUAAAGAAGUAGCAACACAAAAACUCAGCUGGAUAGUAGGAAAAAAACAAAACAAAUAUAAUGCGAACAAGAAUGUUUUGAACAGAUGAAAGGAUUUGG